AUGGAUGACGAAUUGAUCGAUACCGCGAUCGAGUUAGACGCACCGCAGGAUCCUGUUUGGGGAAGUCGACCGCCGUCACCGCCACCGGCUGACUCGAUUGCGCGGGACACUUCGUGCCAAGGGAUUCUCGCUUUGACGCUUUACCGAGCUUUACAAUCAACAUUGGAAACGGUGAACGACAGAACUGUUGAAGAAACCAACGAAUGCGGGAAAAACCAGCCGAAUAGUCACGUAUCGCCAAUAUUUGGAGAUGAAGCCACGGACCGGAUCAUGGGAGCUUUCGGCCGAGCGGUUGCGGAAUCACAACAUUUUCAUCACCAGCAAAAACAUUCCCAGAUAAACCUCGAUGGCGCUCCCCUCCCACCAUCGGCUCUGCUCCGGGGGCGUCUCGUUUCUUACAAUCGCCACGGAACCAAAUGGCGACUAGUCGUCGAGCAUGCCUCGUUGCGCCCACGGCAUCACCGGCCCAAAACGCUUCCAAAACGGGAACGUAUUUCGUUAUGGAACUUGCCCUGGCCAACAAUAGAAGGGAAAGAGCCAGAAAACGCCGUCGAUACCGUUUCGAUACCCGGUAUGUUGGAAAUUCUCGCGUACAAUGAUAUCGAGUAG